UCCAUAAUCAAACGUCAAAUAUCAAUCAUGAAAUUUUAACUGAUUUAGCUGAUUUUAAUAUAACCCGAUUUUCUGUGUUAUGUGAAUUUAAAUUUUUUGUUUUUUUUCCCGUUAAUUGCGUAUUUGAUAACUUUUAUCAAGUGUUGAUUUUAGUAUUUAUAUAUCUAUACACAGUGAAAUAUGUCACAGAAGAAUCCUCAUCUUCCAAGUUGCAUUCCUGUGCCCAUAUCUGAAGAUGUGUUGAAGGAACUCGUAGAAAAAGCAAAAGAUUGGGCUAUAAUGCAUGGUGCUGCUAUGAGAUCUAAAGCCUGUUUUAGUGAGGAUUCUCUUAAUUUUGCUCCUUUCGUUUUAUUGCCAUCAACUUUUCCCAGUAAGGAAUUUAGACGAGCUGUUGAAGUACAGAUUAUUUUAAAUGAAUUAGUGCACAGAGUUGCUCACAACAGAGAAUUUCUGACAACUACGCUUAAAGAAACAAUCCAGGUAGAUGAAUUCACUGGGAAUUUGUUCAAAAUAUAUGAAACUGUUCAAGAUGAGGGUGUAACACAACCGUUGAGUCUGGGCCUCGUAAGAAAUGAUGUGAUGUUGGAAGCUGCUCUUCCUGACUCUACAGAUAAGAAAGCUAGCUCCGAGCACUUGCCUGUUUGCUGUUUGAAGCAAGUGGAGUUCAAUACAAUUGCCUCUGGCUUUGGAUGGCUGGGACCUGUCUCUGCUGAUAUUCAGAGGUAUGUUUUACAAGAACUGGGGUGUUUUGAACAUAUUCAAAAUCUGCCAGAGAACAAUGCACUAGCGGGAUUGUGUCAAGGGAUGUUGGAAGCUUGGAAAAUAUACGGAGAUCCCAAGGCGGUGAUCUUAUUUAUAGUGGAAGAUGUUACGUAUAAUAUUUGUGAUCAGCGGCUCCACGAAUUUAAAAUUCGUGAAUUAAACCCUCACGUUAAAGUGAUUAGGAGGACACUGACACAAGUCGGCGAUAAUGGGUCAUUAAAUUCGAACAAUGAGUUAAUCAUAGAUGGCCUUGUGGUUAGUGUAAUCUAUUUCAGAGCAGGUUAUGAACCGGGACACUAUCCAAGUAAAAAAGAAUGGGAUGCAAGGUUGUUGAUGGAAAGGUCUCAAGCCAUUAAGAGUCCUUCUAUCCAGUACCAUUUAGCCGGUACGAAAAAAGUACAGCAGGCUCUCGCCAAAUCUGGAAUACUAGAAUUGUUUCUUACUGAAGCGAAGAAAAUCGAAAGUGUUAGAGAUAUAUUUACAGGACUCUAUGGAUUGGACUUUGACGAAUUCGGUGAUCAGGCUGUCCAAAUGGCUCUAAAUGAACCAGAUAGAUUUGUGUUGAAACCGCAAAGGGAAGGUGGCGGAAAUAAUUUUUAUGGAUCCGAAGUAAGGGAAGUCAUGUUACAAAUGAAGGAUAGCAGAGAAAGAACGGCGUGGAUCCUUAUGGAAAGAAUCCUACCACCGCUCUCAACUGGGUACAUUGUAAGACCGGCUGGAUCAAAUCCGCCACCGCUGUGCGAGAUGGUAUCGGAACUUGGAAUAUUUGGUGUAAUAAUAGGGGAUUCAGAGAAAAUUUUGGUGAACAAACAAGUGGGACAUAUGCUAAGAACCAAAGUGAGCACGGCAAACGAAGGGGGAGUGGCAGCAGGUUUAGGGGCGUUAGACAGUCCUUAUUUAAUAGAUUGACUUUCAAAUUUUUAGUAAAAAAUUGCAUUUAUUUUUUUAUCAAUUGUUCAGAUUUUAUAUAUAUUUUAAUUAAAUGUUGA